UAUAACAAAUAAUUUGAGUAAAAUGUUAAUACGACUGUCAUGCAUGGUUCUAUGUCUAACAGUUUCGCACUGCCUGGUUGAUCGUCCAAACAUCAUAAUAAUGCUGAUGGAUGAUAUGGGUUGGGGUGACGUGGGGAUCAAUGGAAACUGGGCUAAGGAAACCCCUUUUAUCGACAAGAUGGCAGCAGAAGGUAUGUUGUUCAUGAACUUUUACACAGCUAACCCGCUCUGUUCCCCCUCACGAGCAGCCCUAAUGACGGGGAGACUUCCUAUUAGAAAUGGAUUUUACUCAACAAACGCUCAUGCUAGGAACGCUUACACUCCUCAGACCAUUGUCGGUGGUAUCCACGAAUACGAGCAGCUCCUUCCUAAACUUUUGAAAGAAGCUGACUACAAAAGUAAAAUAAUUGGAAAAUGGCACCUGGGACACAGGAGACAGUUCCUUCCCUGCAAUAGAGGGUUUGAUGAGUUCUUUGGCUCAGGAAAUUGUCAUUUUGGACCAUUUAACGAUGUUAAAACACCCAACAUGCCAGUGUACAAAGACGACAAAAUGGUUGGAAGAUACUACACCAACUUCACCAUUGGAAAAAUGACUGGACUGUCCAAUGUGAGCCAAAUAUUUCUCCAGGAAGGUCUUUCAUUCAUCGAAAAGGAGCACUCUGAUGGAAAUCCGUUCUUCCUUUACUGGACACCGGACGCGACACACGGUCCCAACUAUGCCAGCCCAAUGUUCCUCGGGAAAAGCAUCCGAGGAAGAUACGGAGAUGCUGUGAUGGAAAUGGACUACUGUGUAGGCAAGAUCUUACAGAAGCUGAAGGAGCUAGGGAUUGACAAGAACACUUUUGUCUUCUUCACGUCUGACAACGGGGCAGCUACCUACAGAGGUUCAGCAGGCGGAGACAAUGGUCCUUUCUUGUGUGGAAAAGAGACAACAUAUGAGGGAGGGAUGAGAGAACCAGGGAUAGCUUGGUGGCCUGGUUCAAUCCCUGCUGGAACCAUUACUCAUCAGCUCGGAAACAUCAUGGACCUUUUUACUACCAGUCUAACUUUGGCAGGGGUAAAACCGCCUCAAGACAGAAUUAUUGACGGCAUAGACCUGUGUCCAGUUCUACUGGACGAGUCAGUCCCAGUGAUAGACAGGUCUAUAUGGUAUUACAGAGGUAACGAGAUGAUGGCAGUGAGGGUGGGCGCUUACAAGGCACACUAUUGGAUGUGGACUGGGUUCGGACAAGACCCACUGAAGUUCACUUUCUGCAGAGGCCAAUACAUUUCCAAUGUUACAGUUCACGACCAAAUAGAUCACACGGAUAAACCAAUACUUUUCAAUGUUAAUAGAGAUCCAGGUGAAAAGUAUAUCAUCGCAUUCAAAAGUAAAGAAUACAAAGCUGCCAUGGAAAUCAUCGACCCCAUCGUUAAAGAGCACAAAGCAAACUUGGUACCAGGAGUGCCGUCCCUAAACUAUUGCGAUGUUGCAGUGCAAAAUUGGGCUCCACCGGGCUGUGAGGACCUUGAUUACUGUUUGCCUGUACCUGAUUCUAAUCCCAAGCUUUGUGUGUGGGGUCACUGAUGCGAUAGAAGAGAAGUAACUGGGAAGCUACACAGAAAAAGCUUUAAAAUUGUUUUUUGAAGAGACAUUUAAAAAUGGGUGUAUUUUUGUUGAAGUUUUAAAUCGAGAUUUUGUUUAAUACGAUAAAAAUGUGUUAUGUCACUUUUAACCUCCGAAAAUAAUUUAUUUGUUUCAUUUAAUGAAAA